AUGAACUUAAUGAACAAAAAGAAGUACGUAGUUCACUACCGUAACUUACAAUUCUACGUGCGCCACGGAAUGCGCGUAACGAAGGUCCACCGCGCGUUAAAGUUCCGUCAAGAGCCUUGGAUGCGGCCCUACAUAGACUUUAACACGCAAAAGCGCACAGCAGCCAAGAACGACUUUGAGAAGAACCUGUUUAAGCUUAUGAACAACUCAGUGUUUGGUAAGACAAUGGAGAACAUCCGCAAGCGGGUGUCGAUUAAGAUUGUAAAUACGCGUGAAGAGGCUAAGUCUUAUGUAUCCCAGCCAGGCUUUGUACGCUACGUAGACAUGCUUAACUUCUAUGUAAUUCACAUGAAGAAAGCCAAUCUCUUCUUAAAUAAGCCCGUUUACGCCGGCUUCACAGUGUUAGAGCUGUCUAAGUUGCUCAUGUAUGAGUUUUACUACGACAAAUUAAAACCAAAGUACGGUGACAAGUGCCGUUUAUUGUACACCGACACAGACUCACUAAUAAUGGAGAUUGAAACCCCCGACGUUUACGCGGACUGYCUUGAAGACAUUGACGAAUACGACACGUCCGGCUACCCAAAAGACCACCCACUUUACUCAGCUAAGAACAAGAAAGUUAUAGGAAAGAUGAAGGAUGAGGUGCUUGGCAGAGCAAUUGUAGAGUACGUUGGGUUAAAGCCAAAGAUGUACAGCGUCUUAAAGAGCGACGGCGCAGAUAAGAAGGCAAAAGGCGUAAAAAAGUACGUAGUUAAGAAGCGACUUACGCACCAAUCUUACUUAGAUGUCUUGAAUACCCAAAAGACGCAGCGCCACAACAUGAACUCCUUACGAUCGUAUGGCCACCAAAUACACAGCGUUACCCAGGAAAAGGUGUCGUUGUCAGCAUUCGACGGCAAGCGCUGGAUGUGCGACGACGGAAUUUACACGCACGCGUUUGGUAAUCACACRAUAAGCAGUUCUUCUUUGACGAACCCACGCGUGGGACCAUCAUGA